AUGCCCCAAAAUCUGAUUAAAUUAAUUGAAAUUGCGUACACCUUUAAUGCUAAAGCGAAUAUAUUUCACUUCCUGGCCACCUGUAAUAACAUUGGUUUCCACGGAGAGACAGUACAAUCUGAUACAUCUGCUUCAGGAAUCGUAAACUAUGAUUUUACGAACUCGCCAAUCAUCGAUGGUGAAGAGAUAACUGUUAGCAUUUUAGAUAACAAGCUAAUAGUAUCAGCGUUAUACGAAGAAAAGUCGGACACGAGUACUACAUACAGGAAAUGUCACCAGGAGUUCCACUUUCCUAAAGAAGUCAACCCUGAGACGAUAGCGUCUUCACUGUCCAAUGACGUUUUAGUUGUU